CUGUCACGGGGAGGUGUCCUCCUCUCUUUUUCCUCUUCUCGGCUCUAUAAAUUGAGGGAAUAUCUUCUCCACCAAAGCAGCCAAGAAAUCUCUCUCCUGGUUCAAAAGGACUGUUUGGGGGAAAAGUCUGCUUUCCCAAAUCCGAGAAGCCAAAAUGAACGCUCUGUUCCGGCUGGGUGUCCUCUGUGUGGUGCUGGCAGUGUGCCAUGGAGCCUGCUUUCGGUCAUUGCAUGAAUUGGUGAUCGAAGACGGUAAACUGGUGGAGCCUGUGUGUGUGGAUGUAUAUGAUAUGAGCAAGCACCCCAUAGGCGAUUCGUGGAACACAGCUCAAUGUAUGGAAUGCCACUGCGGCACAGACGAGAUGGAAUGCUGCACCAGAUACGGCGGUAUUGCCGAUAUGCCAGGAUGCAAAGCAGUGGUUGAUGAAACAACGUGCAAGUAUAAGUUCUAUAAGAAGAAUGAUCCAUCAAAACCAUGUUUUUGAAGUCGUUACAUAAACAGGCGGCAAAUGAAUAAAUGAGCCUCUGCAUCUAAAA